AAUUCCGGGGCAGGUUUGACCUUUCACCCUUUCCUUCAAUGGCGGCAGGUGCUCGAUUUCUGUGGGGAACCAAUUAAUCGAAUCAAAUCUCAGCGAUGGAUAAAGGGCAGGGCAAGGAGGAGGAUUACGGCUAUGGUUUAUUUCCAGAGCAUCAGACAGGCAAACCAAAGAAAGGCCUGUUGGCGGAAAGCAUUUUAACUUUCAACCACAAGUGUCGGGUGAUGCUGCAAGUGGCCCUGGAUACCAGUCCAUAUGCAAAACUUCUGGUAGAUGCCAUGAAAGGUUCAGGAUGCACUGUUUAUAAGGAUCGUCACUUUUCCUGUGAAGAUUGUGAUGGGACAGUCAGUGGAGGUUUUGAUGCUGAAAUAUCACAGAUUGUUUUAUGCCAGAAUAAUAUCCACCAACAACAGCACAUGAAUCGGGUGGUGACCCACGAGUUAAUACAUACGUUUGAUCAUUGCCGUGCACACGUCGAUUGGUUCCACAAUAUAAAACACCUUGCCUGCUCAGAGAUACGAGCUGCCAAUCUCAGUGGUGAGUGUACCUUUGGGAAUGAAUUGUGUAGAUUCAACUUUGGCCUAAAGCAACACCAUCAAAAAUGUGUGCGUGAGCGAGCCCUUCGUUCCAUACUAGCCGUUCGCAAUGUCAACAAGGAAACUGCAGAGAAAGCUGUCGAUGAUGUUUUCGAUACUUGUUUUAAUGAUCAUGAACCUUUUGGAAGAAUUCCAUACAAUAAAAAGGAUGCAAAACACGCAUAUAGGGAUUUUCAAAACCGGAAUCGAUAUUACUCAAAUCUUUGAGAAAAUGCCAGACCUCCAAAUAAUUGUGUGACAAUAAAUUUGUAAUAAAGGUUUAUUAACAAGUCAUAGUUGCUAAGAAUCAAUCAUUGUUGCAUUUUACAAAUGAGAGAUUUUCCAUGAAUACCUUUUCAGUCAACCAGUUAAUAGAAAAAUGUAAAUCAUUUGCAGUUUGUUUUGACAUUGUCAGAUUUUUGUUAAUCUGUUAAUUUUACUCAUGUAGUUUCAUUUUGUUGUGUUCAUGUGCUUUUUUUUAUAUAUACCAUAAAAUAAUUUUACUAGAUAAAUUAGUCAUAUGAUUGAAAAUGACUUCAAAGGGCUUGCACUUUUACAGUGCCAAUCCAAACAAACUGCUAUUGCUUUCUCAUGUUAAUAUAAACUUAACUAGUCAUUACAUUGUUCCUUUUCAAAGUCAAGCUCGAAAGUUCAGCCAGCUCAAUGAACAAUUGUAUCACAAGUUGUGGUUAUUGAACCAGGAACAAGGAAACAAGUCUGUUUCCCUGGGCUAGCUGCAUUAAGUGGGAUCACUUUGAAGCUGCAAUAGGCGUCCAACAAUUCAUACAACUGCAAGUGGCCAGAGUUUUCACUCCUGCUUAUUUCUAUACCUCAAGUGUGAACCUGGACACCCACUCAAUGUCCAGACACACCAAAGAAGAAUGAUUGUUCUGCAGGACACCAGAGGGUUGUCAACGCACAUGAAGAAUGCUUCAGCAUAAACAGCUGUCUAUUUUAGAGAGAGGACGAGGUGCGGAAAGAAAAAUAUAAAACCAGUGGAUCAACUUGCAUGAAUUUAUAUUUUGUAGAAAUAGUGAAUAAAUAUAGACCUUUUGGACAUAACACCAACUUGGAAGGGACAACUGCUUUCCAUCGUAUUAAUACUGUUAUUCUGCCAGUUUGCAACUUAUUUGCCUAUAUCUUAGGUUAAAUUAUCUUAUAUUGUGCAGAGCCAAAAAAAAUAAAUAAAUGUUUCUGUCACAUAUGCAGUUAAAAUAAUUUAACUAUAUGUGGAUGAGCAUAUUACCAAGUACUGACAACAAAUCUGCUCCAGGAGAAGUAUGUAUAGGUAAUGUUAUUUAUGACCAAGCAAAUGUACAAUUCAAAGAAAUACAAGAAUAUUAAAGUGUAUUUUCCAAUCA